GCGGCAAAUCCACCAAUCUCGAGCGCAUCAUGGGAAAGAAGAUCAUCAGCGUCGGGCUCGAUGCCCCCCAUGUGCCUGACACGGAAUCCGAGUCGAGCCAUGCGUUCGUCGACAACUUCAAGAAGCAGCUGAAGGUGAAGAUUCAGAGUCUUACCGACGACGAGAUUGUGUUUGACUUGAUCGGGAUCGACGCUUCCAUUGCGAACGCAUUCCGCCGCAUCUUGCUUGCAGAAGUCCCGACCAUGGCCAUCGAGCACGUGUACUUGUGGAACAACUCGUCCAUUAUCCAGGACGAGGUCCUCGCGCAUCGACUUGGGUUGAUUCCGCUGCAAGUGGACCCGCGCGAGUUCCAGUCCUUCCCAGAGCAUGAAGAAGGGGAAGCCACCGAUGAAAACACCCUUGUGUUCAAACUGGACGUGACAUGCACCGCCGACCCAUCGGACCCCAACGACAUUUCGAAGGCCACGAACGCGUCUGUGUAUUCGCGUCAUCUCGAAUGGGUGCCCCAAGGGCUCCAAGAAGAGCGCUUUGGGUCCAUCCGCCCCGUGUCCGAGGACAUCUUGAUUGCCAAACUUCGACCUGGCCAAACUAUUGCCCUCGAAGCGCAUUGUCGCAAAGGCGUUGGCAAAGACCACGCCAAGUUUUCGCCCGUCGCGACUGCAUCCUACCGCCUUUUGCCCGAGAUCACGUUCCCUGCCCCUGUUGUCGGCGCCGAUGCCAAGACCCUGCAGAAGACUUGCCCCAUGAACGUGUUCGACAUCGAAGACUUGGCGGCUGUUGCGGCACGGCCUCGGAACUGCACCAUGUGCCGCGAAUGCAUCCGCGCGCCUGGCUGGAGCGACAAGGUCAAGAUGGGCCGCGUAUCGGACCACUUCAUCUUUUCUGUCGAAACCGUUGGGAUGCUGCCACCGGAGGACCUCCUCCCGGAAGCCAUCAAGGUGCUCGUGGCAAAGUGCGACGUCGCGGUCGAGUCGUUGAACGCAGUCGACGACGAGCUGCGUGAGAACGCGGACGAAGACGAGGACGACGCGAUGGAGUAGACAUCGCAGAAGCAGACACAGUAGAGACAUUAAUAUACACCACUUAAAUGCACGACAUCACUGGACAUGCGUUGGUUCUCGAGUGCAAGCGAUGCAAGAAAUCGUUUAGACAGCUGGACUAGCGCAUGCUGACAAGAUGUGAGAGAUGGUUUGAUUCGUAGUUUAAGCGGGGUUUGCUUGGCCAUACAACGGGGGGACGGGUUCAGGCUUCCGUGCCGCUGUUGAUCACCAAGGUAGCAACACGGACGACCGCUAUGAACGCACCAAACUGGGCAAUCUCCCACAGAAGCGCUCGUCGGGCUUUGCUCUUGUCGACUUGGGCCUUCUUCUUGACGGCGAACAUGGUGGCGGGUGAUGAAAU